AGUGCGGAGCGCGAGGAACCACCGGGGUGUGUGUCGCAGCAGCUCUUCCUCGGCGGUUAGCUGGGUUCCUAUUAUGGCUGCGGCGGCGGCCGUUGCCGAGGGAGCGAGCAUGAGUGCAGUUCCUGUUUCAGGUGCCGACAGCAAUGGUGAGUCUCCUGAAGUCGAAGGAGAAGGUGUUGGAGCAGUGGGCGAAGAGAAGGACGCAGCCACGAAAGGAGCGGAGGCAGUUGGAGACAGCGAGGAGGACGGAGAGGAUGUGUUUGAGGUGGAAAAGAUCCUGGACAUGAAGACCGAGGGGGGUAAAAUCCUUUACAAAGUUCGAUGGAAAGGAUACACAUCAGAUGAUGAUACCUGGGAGCCUGAGAUUCAUCUUGAGGACUGUAAAGAAGUUCUUCUCGAAUUUAGGAAGAACGUUGUGGAGAACAAAGCUAAGCCGGUCAAGAAAGAUAUUCAGAGACUGUCCUUAAAUAAUGACAUAUUUGAGGCAAAUUCUGAUAGUGAUCAGCAAAGUGAGACAAAAGAAGAUACUUCUCCAAAGAAGAAAAAGAAAAAAUUAAGGCAUAGAGAAGAGAAAAGCCCAGAUGAUAUGAAAAAGAAAAAAGCAAAGACUGGGAAACUAAAAGAUAAAUCCAAACCAGACCUGGAGAGCUCCUCUGAAAGUUUAGUUUUUGAUUUAAGGACAAAGAAAAGAAUUUCAGAAGCCAAAGAAGAAUUAAAGGAAUCCAAAAAGCCCAAAAAAGAGGAUACAAAAGAAACUAAGGAAUUAAAGAAAGUUAAAAAGGGUGAAAUAAGAGAUUUAAAGAAUAAAUUAAGAGAAGAUUCCAAAGAAAACAAAAAAACAAAAAAAGAGAAAUGUGUUGAAUCUCAGUUGGAAUCUGAAUCAAGUAUACUUAAUGACUCCUCUUUUCAAGAAGACGACAAUGAAGAUUUACACUCGGACAACAGAGAAGAGAAACAGAAGACUAAAAGCGUAAAAGAUAAAGCAGGGCAAGAUGCAGUUCAAGAUGUUUUUGAUAAACAGCCAGAUGGCUUUCUGAGUGCUGAUGAGGAUGCAGAUGUCAAAGCAAAGAGAAAAAGAAAGAAACUGAGAAAGACUGAGGAACUUAAAGAGAGCAAAACACUAGAAAACAGGAACCUUUUCUUAGAGAAGAAAACUAUAUAUAAGAAGCAAAGGAAUCAGGACAAAGGCAAAAGCACCACAGAGUUAGAUAAGUUGCCACCUGUACCUGUCCAGACACAAAAGAGUUCAAGAGCAGGUGUGGAAGAGAGAGGCCUCUGGUCCCCUGACUCAGGUGGGGAGGAGAAAGAGAUAAAAAAAAAUGAACCCAAAGAAAAAAACCAAAAAAGGCAUGAUUUGGACAAGGAAGAAAAAGGCCGAAAAGAGCCAAAGGGAUUAAAGACAUUUAAGGAAAUCAGAAAUGCAUUUGAUUUACUUAAAUUAACUCCAGAAGAAAAAAAUGAUUUUCCUGAGAAUAAUCGGAAAAGAGAAGAAAUACUAGAUUGUAAAAUCACAGAAGAUCACAAAACCAAGGAAAACAAGCAGUUACUUAAAGAAAGGAGAAAUACAAGAGAUGAAACUGAUACUUGGGCAUAUAUAGCUGCAGAAGGUGAUCAAGAGGUUCUAGACAGUAUGUGCCAAGCAGAUGAGAGUUCUGAUGGCAGACAACAGAUUUUGAGUUUGGGGAUGGACUUGCAAUUGGAAUGGAUGAAACUAGAAGAUUUUCAAAAGCAUCUUGAUGGGGAAGAUGAGAACUUUACCACAGCAGAUGCAAUUCCAAGUAAUUUAUUGAGGGAUGCUGUGAAAAAUGGGGAUUAUAUUGCUGUGAAGGUGGCACUUAAUUCAAAUGAAGAAUAUAACCUGGACCAAGAGGAUUCAAGCGGCAUGACCCUGGUGAUGCUCGCCGCAGCAGGAGGACAAGACGACCUGCUGAGGCUCCUCAUCAGGAAAGGGGCUAAGGUGAAUGGCAGACAGAAGAAUGGGACCACCGCCCUCAUUCAUGCAGCUGAGAAGAACUUUUUAACUACAGUGGCUAUUCUUUUGGAAGCAGGAGCUUUUGUUAAUGUCCAGCAGAGCAAUGGUGAGACUGCUCUAAUGAAGGCCUGUAAAAGAGGAAAUUCUGAUAUUGUACGACUUGUAAUUGAAUGUGGAGCUGACUGCAAUAUUUUGUCAAAGCACCAAAAUAGCGCACUGCAUUUUGCAAAGCAGUGUAACAACGUGUUGGUGUACGACUUGCUGAAGAAUCAUUUAGAGACACUUUCAAGAGUAGCAGAAGAAACAAUAAGGGAUUACUUUGAAGCACGUCUUGCUCUGUUAGAACCAAUUUUCCCAAUAGCAUGUCAUCGUCUCUGUGAGGGGCCAGAUUUUUCAACGGAUUUCAAUUACAAACCCCCACAGAACAUCCCAGAAGGCUCUGGCAUCCUGCUCUUUAUUUUCCAUGCCAACUUUUUGGGUAAAGAAGUUAUUGCUCGGCUUUGUGGACCAUGUAGUGUACAAGCUGUAGUUUUAAAUGAUAAAUUUCAACUUCCAGUUUUUCUGGAUAGUCAUUUUGUUUACUCGUUCAGCCCUGCUGCAGGCCUCAAUAAACUCUUCCUAAGGUUGACAGAAGCGCCUUCUGCCAAGGUUAAGCUACUAAUAGGUGCAUACAGAGUACAGCUGCAGUGAUGGAAUGGAGAGUUGGGAUGGAGUUCUUUCCAGGUCCGUUUUGGGACUCUGGCACAGCUAACACCUCCGGAUUUGAAGUUUCAUCUGUAAACCUCUUGCAGUUUCAGGCCUGCUCUGUUACAGGCUCUAAGACAGGACAUGGUGGUUCUAAUAUAUUACAAAAUAUAGAUGUAAGUAUUUGUGCCAGUGUUCUGAAAUCUCGAUGUUGUCUCCAGACUGCAUAAUUCAGUUUUUCCACAAUGUGGAAUGGUACAUAGGAGAAUUAUUUAAGAAAAUUAAAAGUCUUUUUUCUAACUUGAAA